UAAGCCAGCAUUUCAUACACAGAAAUAGCCUUGGAAAUAGAAAUUGCAAUAUUGGCCUGUAGUGUUUCCCUCCCAUAGUGGGUGUGUCGUUUUUUUGCCUCUUUUUUUUUUUUUUUUCCUAUAUCACCCAGAUCCACUGAAUUAGGCAGCUCUGCUGAAGGAGACCACCCUUUAUCAGGCUCUUGCAGCCUCUGACUCUCCUGCAAUGCCUUCAGCCCUUGACACCAACAUGAGGUUCAAGUUCUCGAUCUUUGCUCUUCUUCUGCAAGUGGCCAUCACUGUUUUGUUUGGGAUAUUUGUCAAAUAUAAAACUGGCCGUCAACCGGAAGGAUUGCACCCACUCUUUCAGGAUGUCCAUGUGAUGAUAUUUGUUGGAUUUGGCUUCCUGAUGACCUUUCUGAAGAAAUAUGGAUUCAGCAGUGUUGGUAUCAACAUGCUCAUAGCAGCCUUCGGUCUUCAGUGGGGCACCCUGAUGCAAGGAUUUUGGCAUAUGGAAGAUGGGAAAAUUUGUGUUGAUAUUAAUAGCAUGAUAAAUGCAGACUUCAGUACAGCAACUGCUUUGAUUUCAUUUGGAGCUGUCCUGGGGAAAACAAGCCCUGUUCAGAUGCUGAUCUUGACAAUUCUGGAGAUCACAAUUUUUGCAUGCAAUGAACAUCUAGUUACAGGAAUAUUUCAGGCCACAGAUGUUGGAGCCUCAAUGACAAUCCAUGCUUUUGGAGCUUAUUUUGGUUUGGCCGUAAGCCUAGUCUUAUAUCGUCCUGGUUUGAAAAACAAGCAUGAAAAUGAAGAAUCUACCUAUCACUCCGACUUAUUUGCCAUGAUUGGUGCCCUGUUCCUUUGGAUUUUUUGGCCCAGUUUUAACUCCGCCAUUGCAAGUGACUCUGACAGGACUAAAGCAAUUAUCAACACUUACUACUCCUUGGCUGCAAGUACUGUUGUAACGUUUGCCCUCUCCAGCCUGGUGGAUCGAACAGGCAAAUUCAGCAUGGUUCAUGUUCAAAACGCCACCCUGGCAGGAGGAGUAGCAGUGGGUACCUGUGCAGAUCUGUUAAACCAUCCUUUUGCUGCUAUGUGCAUUGGGGCAAUUGCUGGAAUCAUCUCUGUCCUCGGAUUCCAUUUCCUGACUCCUGUUUUGGCAUCCAAGCUGAACAUUCAUGAUACUUGUGGAGUCCAUAAUUUACAUGGUUUACCUGGAGUACUGGGAGGUAUUGCAGGCAUUGUAGUAACCGCGAUACAAAGGACAAGUGGGAAAAGUGCCCUGCAUACCCCUGGCAUGCAAGCUGCUGCCCUAGGCAGUACAAUUGGAAUUGCACUGGCUGGUGGUGCAUUGACAGGUGCUAUUCUAAAGCUGCCCUUCCUGGGACAAGCAUCUGACAAGAACUGCUUUGAUGACUCUAUUUAUUGGGAGGUUCCAGAAGAAGAGAAACUGCAUGUAGGUCACUCCAACAACUAUGAUGAGCAGAGCAGAUUUGAAGCUACCAUGUAGAAAAACAAUUCACACAGAAUCACGGAAUUUCUAGGUUGGAAGAGACCUCAAGAUCAAUUCAUCUGUAGCAUACAUCCUAAUGAUCCUCUUUUCAGUUUCUAAAGCUAAAAAACAACAUUCAAGUACUGUCUUAACUAUGCUUGUUUUUCUAGAAGGGGUUGUAAGUAGCUAUAUUUUUGUAACAUAAAGCAAGCUUGAUUUUAACAUACAUUGCCAUUAUGCCAAGUUCUAGUGAAUCAAUUAGAUCUUUCCAACAUAUUUGUUCAUCUAGAAUGAAGAGAAGACAAACAAAAAAAAAUUUGCUUUAUAGUUGUUUGUAUUUUACCAUUUGUUAUCAAGUCAAUAUAGCCAUUGAAAAAAAAACUUUGUUUCAAGCCUAUAACAGGAUGCCAUAUUUAACUGCAAGAUUUCUGAAUUACAGUCACAUCUUUCAACUGCAUACAGGUAAUCAAGCAGAUGGCAAUGAAGAAAUGAAUUAAUAUUGUUUAUUUGGAUUCUACCAAGCUUUUCACUGGAGAAUCCCAGAUUAACAUUUUAAGAAAGUGUCUUCUCCUAUUGUUGGAUAGGGGAAAGAAUGUGCUAUAUUUUGAAGAUUAGUUGUGACAGGAAACAAAAUAUUGAAAUAAUUUGCAUAGCAAAACAUUGAAUACAGUGAUUGAUAAGGUACACUAAGUAGUAAAAUUUGUAUCAAGGUUAUUUGUUAAUGUAUUCAUUGCAAGGAGAAAAAACUGAAAUGGUGAAAAAAAUCACUCUUUGCAUGUAUUUAUUUAGACUGUUUGAAGGACAAAAUAGGAGAAUUGAGUAGGAAUUGAGCUAUGAAAAAUAGGUAAUUGUGUAACACUGUCUUACUAAGUUCCACAGUAAUGAGUGAAUGGUAGCACUGUAGCACUGCUAACUAAUAUCAACAGAUAUAAACAGAACUAAAUGUUAACUUCAAGAAAAAGUGUGAGUUGUUAGGAACUGGUCAGAAAGCAGCUAUCAACCCACAGAAGACUCAGUGGAGAACUUUGCAGUCAGUCACUACCUUUGAAGUCACCACCUCCUUAAAAAAAAAAAAAAAAAAAA